GAGCGCUUCACGGAGCCCCACGAGAUCCAGCAGCCGCUGGUGGUCAUCGGCGUGGGGGUGGCGGGACUCAUCAUCAACCUACUGGGGCUCUGCCUCUUCAACCACCACGGUGUCGGGGGCCACGGCCAUUCCCACGGCCACGGCCACUCGCACAGCGGCAGGCAGCAUUCCCGCGGCGGCCCCAAGCCGGAGCAGCCACCCGGGGAUGGGGAAGCUGCUCUGCACCGGGAGGAGACCAGCACCUUGGUGGAGAACUGCAGCAGCUCCAACGGGGUCAGUCAGGAAAAGCUAGGCGAUAUGAAAGACGACAUGACUGAUGUACAAGUGAAUGGGAACGCUGGUCAUUAUCCUCUGGAUGCAGAGGAGGUUGAAGAAGACUCUAGUGCACAGCUUAACAUGCGUGGAGUUUUUCUGCAUGUUUUCGGAGAUGCCUUAGGUUCAGUAAUUGUGGUAGUCAAUGCCUUGCUCUUUUAUGGGUUGUGGAAUCCAUGCCCCAAAGAUGGACCCUGCUUUAAUCCAUGUGUCAAUAACCAUUGCAUGGAAAAUGCUACUUUAUCCCAAACACUUGGCAAAGCAAACGUGUCUGAGCAGGAGAGCAUUACAGUGGCUGGUCCAUGCUGGUUGCUGUAUUUAGAUCCUGUCCUUUGUUUGAUUAUGGUUUGCAUACUCCUUUAUACAACUUACCCGUUACUUAGGGAGUCAGCCCUUAUACUUCUGCAAACUGUUCCCAAACAAAUAGAUGUUCAUUCUUUGAACUCAAAAUUACGUACCCUUGAAGGAGUUGAAGCAGUCCAUGAAUUACACAUUUGGCAGCUAGCAGGCAGUAGGAUCAUUGGCACUGCUCACAUAAAGUGUCCUGACCCUUCCACGUACAUGAUGGUGGCGAAGCGCAUAAAAGAGAUAUUUCAUGAUGAAGGGAUUCACGCAACUACCAUUCAGCCCGAGUUUGCCAGCGUUGGCUCUGAAUCAGGGAGAGGGAAAUGCGAGUUUCCUUGCAGGACUCAGUGUGCUUUGAAGCAGUGUUGCGGAGCAGGAGAAGACAGUACUUCAAGGAAGACAGAAAAAUCUUCGUCACUUAGUAUUUCUUGUUCAGAAGUUGUCAUUGAAUUUCCGAAAACGAGAAGGACUAAGUCGGAGAGCAUCCCUGCAGUGAAGCUAGAGGGAAACAUCGAUCAAAACGAGCAGUUUGAAUCAUCUUUGUAACUCCCUGAAUGGUGCUACCUGACUUCUGGUGACUGUGACAACAGCUCUAUUGCAAGAGGAAGAGACAGACGUUUGAGAUGCAAUUUUGCCAAGUAGUGUAAUUGCUGAAGUCCUUGUUCUUGUCAUAUUGCUAAACCUAGAAUGCUUGUUUUAAAUAACAUGUCACUGUCAUGAUACAAUGUGUUUGUGUUGAUUUUUGUACCGACAGACAGAAAGUGCACCAAUGCUGUAACAACUUUGGAAAACCAGUUUCAGCAUCUCAGCAGAGACACUUUUUGCUGUGCUUCAAAUUACAAUAUUUUUCCCAGUGAAAAGGUAUUUGAGGGAUAAGCAUGUAGGAACUCAACUUGUGUUACAGAUUUCUUGGACCUACUCUUUCCUUUAAUAUUUGAUUUGUAGCUAUUUUAAUAUAUUGUUUAUUUAGAAGCCCUAAGGAAACCAAAGUUCAUAGAACGUUUUUAAAAAUAUAGCUACUUAAAACUGGAAACCACUUUGCAGUUUCACAUAUUUUUCUUAAACCUAUAAAAUAAUAAAUGUGAAGGCUUUUCUAAUGAAUUUGUCAUAUAGCAUAUUUUAAACAGAACAUCAAGUGAUUGUUAGAAACUGUCCCCACUUUUCCUGAUAGGGCAGCGAGGUAAUUAAAAUCAACUACUUGUGAUAGUGUCAGAUGUGAAAGGUUUUUUUUUUUUCCUAGCAGAAUGGAGGUUCAAGCUGCUGUAUACUGCUGUGUGAUCAAGAUGUGAGACUGAUAAAAUAACAC